AGCUUUAACUUUAAAUAGUAACACUGAGUUUUUCAGUCACUCAGAAAUGGGGCUGCUGUCAAUUUAUUUCAAACCCAAUUUUUUGGGUUUAUUGAAAUGUUUAAACAAUUUGAAUUGGUUUAUUGUAUUCUUUAGUUUAAUCAACUUAUCAGUAUGCAUUUACGAGGACCAGAUAGGAAAAUUCGACUGGCGUCAAACAUACGUGGGAAGGAUCAAAUAUUCCCAAUUUGACACAGUAUCUACCGCUAAGAAGAUAAUUGUCGCUACCGAGGAGAAUGUUUUAGCUGCACUAAAUUUGAAGACUGGUCAAGUGGUAUGGCGCCACGUGUUCGAGAGCGCCUCUGCGGGCAACAUCCAGCUUCUACAUGUUUCCGACAAAGUGGUCACGGUCACCGGAUCCAAUCCUUACUUGGUGCGAGGAUGGGACUCCAGUACUGGGGUCCUGAUCUGGGAGUGGUCAUUAACCCUCCAGAACGAUGAUCAAGCGGACUUCUCCGAGUGGUGGGUUCAGAACAACAUGCUGGUACACAUGCUGCCCAUGUUUGGGUCACACAUUGAAGUCAGCAUGUACCAUCUCAUGACGGGACAGAAUAGGGGAGCUACAGCUAAGUUGCCUGCUUCCUGGACUAAUGAUGGAUGCGUACUAACUCCGCCUUACUACACUUGCGUGUCCGGGGAGAUGAAAAGCCAACAGCUUCUAUCUCUCGACGUGACAUCGAACGCUGUACAGCUUAUAAGCCGACCACUCGCAGAGUUCGUUGACCUCAACUCGUACGAUGGUAGUUUACGCCCAGUGGACGGCAACAGUGGCCUACCAGCUUUUAUAGUUGAUGAUAAAAGGAUUGUUAUGAUAAAGCACAAUGAGUUUGAGGUGUUGAAGACUGCUGUGUUUGAUCCGACGGGCAGUGUUACGUUGCUGGAUAUCGCUAAUGGACCAGUUGUGUUGCAGGCGUGGCUUGAUGAUAGUCAGGGCUUCUCAAUACAAGCGAACAGCGUAUCAGGGGCGGAGUUACCAGAGCUCCGCAUGGCAGACCGCGACCUCAAGCUGCCCGACCCUGAGAUCUCGUCAGCAGUUUGUACCAAGUCGGCACGGGAGCAGCUCGUGUGUAGGAUACUGGUCACUGGAGGCGAUGAUUCCGUACAUCUUAUGCAGCAAGGAGGUCGUGUCCUAUGGUCUCGCGAAGAAGCUUUAGCAAACGUUGUAGCUGUGGAGUUUGUGGAGCUGCCAGUCUCAGACCUAGAUGCUGCCAUAGAGUCCGAGUUUGAUCAGAAAGAAGGUUCGAUCUGGGCAGCGUUCUCCCGACGUCUGCAGACACAGUUCCAGCAACUACAGACCUUAGUAAACAGUGUGCAGGGCGAAGGCGCCGCCCAGCACCAGCCCUUGGCCCUCGUGCGCGACUACUUCGGCCUGCACAAGCUCAUAGUGCUCGUCACUGAUGUUGGCAAGAUAUUCGGCAUGGACAACCUAUCAGGCGCGAUCCUGUGGCAGUACUACGAGCCCAGCCUCGACACGGAGGGCGCCGUAGUGUUCACGCGCCGCACCGCCCGGCAUCCGCCGCAUGACGCUUAUAUUACUAUUGUGGGGAAACAUGAGGAAACAGGCAACGGGCUAAUAAUAAGCUUAAACCCUAUAACGGGCACGUUGAUCGGCGAGCGACUCCUCAAGCUAGACGUGCAGCUUCUACAGUGCACUAUACUGCACCGACCAGACAAUGAGAAGCUACAUGCUCUCAUACUGUUGGACAAGGAUGAAAAUGUGCAGGUAUUCCCUCAAUCGGCGGCGCCACUAGUGGAAAACAUGUUCAUGUAUGUCGCCGACAGGAGUACUGCGCGAGUCCAGGGCUACGCUAUUGUAUACAACGGACAGUCAGCGAUCGCAGUCCGCACCUGGCUGGUCCGUCUGGGCGGCGGCUCGCAGCGCAUCGUGCUGGUGCAGGGCAAGUCGGCCACGGAGCGGGUACACUCGCCGGGCCGCGUGCUGCCGGACCGCGCCGUGCUGUACAAGUACCUCAACCCCAACCUCGUGCUCGUGCUCACCGAGGGACCCGACCCGCUGCAUAAAGAUGUAGUAGUAGCAACAUGCUUAGACGCCGCGUCGGGCGCCAUCGUGGCGUCGCAGAUACACCGCCGCGCGAGAGCACUGCCUCUCGCUGUGCACUCGGAGAACUAUCUAGCGUAUCUGUACUACAACGAUAAACAUCGGAGGACUGAGAUCGCAACCAUGGAGCUGUACGAGGGUAAGCAGCGCUGGACUCAGGCGGGCGCCGCGUUCAGCUCGCUGGCGACGGAGCGGGCGCCGGGCGUGGAGCGGCAGGCCUUCAUCGUGCCCGCCGCGCCCGCCGCCGCCGCCCUCACCGCCACCGAGCGCAGCCUCACUGACAAGCACGUGCUGUUGGCACUAACCUCAGGAGCUAUCGUGGAAGUUCCCUGGAUAUACCUGGAAGCCCGUCGCGGCGGCAUCUCAGAAGAAGGCGUGGUGUUGCCAGCAUACGCGCCGGAGUUACCCCUGCCGGGUGACGCGCGGCUUAACUACAACCUGACGGUAGCGCGGCCAGAGAGAAUAUACGCCGCGCCGUCCGGCUUGGAGUCUACUAGUCUCGUGCUUACUACUGGACUUGAUUUAUUCUACACCCGAGUAGCGCCAUCAAAAACCUUCGAUGUACUAAAAGACGACUUCGACUACUAUCUCAUCACCAUAGUGCUAGCCGGUCUGAUCCUCGCUACCUACAGCACCAAGUACUUCGCUUCCAGGAAAAUGCUCAAACUCGCGUGGAAGUGAUGCAAGUAUGUCGGCUAGUCUACUCGAGAAAGGAAUUUGGACUGUGUUUGUAAGGGAAUAAAGACCAGAUUUCAUUGACGCGUAAGCCAAGGAACAAGUCUGCCUGCCGUCUAAAUAGGGCAAUAUAGAAUAGUUCCGCAAUACACGUAAUGUAGACGAUAAUUUGUUAAUAAAAGCUGAAAAUCAAAGAACUACGCGAGUAAUAAUACUAAAAAUAAACUAAGCUGUUACGAUUAUAUAAUUAAUAUAUUUAUCGUAAAAUUCUACAUGACGUUACGUGCCUAAAGUCCGAAUAUUUUGAAGCUGUGACCUCAGUUCAUAUCAAUGUUGAAUGUUUCUUGGUAGUGCUGUGCCAUGGUAGGUUCCGCGCCCAAAACAACGAAUAUAUCGAUCUCUCAUUCUUGCAUUACUCUUCAAAUUGCACGCCUUACUUGUAUGAAGCAAGAAUUUCAUAGACAAAUCUUUACCUAGAACUUAUUCUAUCAUAACAUCUUUCAUCAAAGAGUAUUUAAUAUAACAUUUGUAGGUAUAUCUCACAGGAAUAAUGUACCACUGCCAUGUAUUUCCGACGCAGUCCAAAUUCCACUAUUUUAAUUGACUUUUAAAUAAAUAAAAUAUAAUAGAUUCGUGAUCGUGCAUAGUGAGUGUUCACAUUAAGUAAAUGAUAUACACAGUAAUAUAUUGUAAGCUUGCGCUCCGUUGAACAAGUGCUGCAGUCAAUAAAGUAUAUAGACAGCAUAUAAAUUAGACCAAAUAUCUCUUGGAAAUAAAGUUACACAAAACUAUAUCUACACCAUAUUCAAAAUGUUGAUACAUAAUAAUAUGUAACAAGGACUAUUACUGUAGCUAUCUAACUAGUUUUUUUUUUAUUUCAGCAAUUCCCCCUAAUAAGUAGUCCUUGGUUUUGUGUCAGUUCAUCAUAGAGAAAGCUUUUCUGUAUGCUAUAGUUCUAAGGUACUGUACACUUUUACAACGGAGUGUAAGCACAUCAUAUCUAUAGUAUACCUGAUGUUUCUGAAUCAAUUCAGUGAUCAAAUUUGUUCAAAUAGAUGCUGGUUUAUACAGUUUAAUUUGACCCUUCAGUACUCUUACAUUUUGCUGUUAUUGUUGAUAUCAAUAUCUUUCUACAAAUAACUUAAUCUUAACAAAGUGUCAUGUUAACCUGUAUAGACAUUUUAUGUAAAAUUUAGCUAGUGCAAUUUAGAUGUAUUAUUUAUUUAAGGGUGGUUUGUAUUAUACGAUUCAUUUUUAAUAUAUUUAAAAACCAUUCCACGAUUUGUCACCUUACAUUAUAUCAAUUUUAGCAUUCUAUUGUAAAUUAAAUAAAAUGUUUAUUUUUCUCCUAAUCGAAAUUUAUUUUAAAGUUUACGUGAGGUGACUGAAACAAGUUUAAUCUUAUGUAAUAUAGCAUUUAAUAUAAUUAUGUAUUUAUUUCACUAUCUCUUAGUAACACAACAUGUCCACGCAUUUGUUCCUACAGUUUUAUAUUUUUCCUUGUUAUUUAUUACUACACAAAACAACAGCGCAAAAUACCUAAAUAUUUAUUUUAAUGCAAUUUUCUCGAAAGAUCUACACAUCUCAGUUAAUUUAAGUUGCAUUAAUGUUAUCGUCUGUAGAAACUAUUAUAUUUAAACUUAUUUCAGAUUAUUUCAAUAACUAUGUAUUUAAAGAAUAAGACAACUUAAUUAUGUACUUGAACGUAAUAUUGAAAGAUCAGUUAGUUCGCUGUAAAUUAUGAGAAAAUAUUACCAAGUUUGUGACACCUGUGUAACAACUACAAAGGAGUUUAUACGUUAUUGUAAGCGAGGAUUUUUUUGUUUAAAAGUAUUUGCUCACACAGAGUUGUUAAUUAGCAGUUAAGGUUAAAGUUUUACCUGUCUUUUAAUUGUUUAUCAUGAUUUUAUUUGUUAUUUAGAUGUGUUGCAAUGGUGGCUUAUGAAUUCAAUGACAGAUGUCGAAAAUUGCAACCACGCUCAGAGCCACACGUUUCGCUUGCGAGUAGUAUUUGUGGCGUCAUACUAUCGGCCUUUCAACUAUAUUUCAUGUUAUAGCGCUCGGAUCUAAACUAAGAUACGAUGUAAAUAGUAACGUAAAUAUUUGUGUAAACCUGUAAAAUUAUUAAUAUCUUCGUAAAGCGAAAGAAUUUGUAGAACUCCACGGCUAUUGUAUUGUAGGCAUUGAUUAGUGUAAGACCAAUUAAAAACAUGCAUUAAAUUUAAAUUAUUAAACCACAUAACAAAUAUUUUUAUCAAAUAUAUUUUUUGGCUAUUUCAAUUUAUUCACGAAAAUAAAACUAUAAUUUCCCUAGAAUAUCGGAAUGUUACCAUUUCAUUAUUUAAUCGUUGCGGUGUGGAUGAAUAUUGUAUCAUUAUGUUCUUUUCUUGUAUUGACUCACAUAAAAUUGUAUUCUGCUAAUAGUACUAAAGGUCCUGAAAGACAUGUAUUUAUAAAAAUAUUAGUGCAAUAGUUUAUCUGUACCGUGUCGAAAUGUGCUAAUUUUGUAUUAGUGGCCUAAGCAGACUAGCUUUUGAUAUCACCGAUGGAUUCCUCAGAGUGUAAGGUUUAGGCUUGGUUCGGGCAUUUCAAGUUUAGGAGCGUGAAUCAUCGAUGUAAGAAUAAGUCUGCUUUGGCCCCAAUUGAAUGUUGUUCAGUCAGUGUUAAUAAGUAAACAAAUAGCGCUGGACGCAGAUAUAGGUCCUAAACCGCAGUGACUUUAUUAGACUGAGUAAAACAUGUGAGAGUGGUUGCAAUACAUAAGUAUAAUAUUAUAAUAUACUGUAAUUAAAAUGGGUAUUUGUUUUCUGUGACCAAUGUGUUUUUGUAAAAAAUAAAGUUGAAGUAAUUACUGCCA